AUAUCAAGGACUGUUUGUCUACAGCAUGCUGCAUUACUGUAUCGCCCAUCUUGCCUAUCAUUUCAGCAGACAGCUGCCUAAACGCAGCAGAGCAAAAUUUGAAAUCCUGGUGAUGAUGCUUGUGACUAUUCUGCUAUUCCCACAGAUAUUUGUGCUGCUCAGACCAAAGUCAUCUCGAUAUUGUGGCCAGCCCCUCCUCAUCAAUUUGACCAGUUUUAUAAUCUUCACUUUUAUUAUGACAGGGUUUACAAUCAUUCUGACCUUGAUGGAUCCGAUCUCUAAUGAGGUGAAAGUGGCUUUCCACGUGUACGGAGUUGGAUCAUUUGCACAGGGAAUCAUAACGACUGCCUUCACUGUUACUGCUCCCCAGUGUGCAAACACAACUCCUGAGCUGUACUACCUGAGCCUUGUGCUAUCUGUACUGAGUGUGCUUGCAACAGUUUUCAUCGUUUUCCUGAUCCCGUUCUGGUUGGCUGAAGUUCUGUACCCAGGAGUGAUUUUAAACGGGCGAUCACGGGCUAGAAUCUGUCACAAACUGGUUGCUAGCUGCUCCUAUCUGUGGCACGUAUAAUGAAGGCACUCGAUAAAAAAAAAUACCAGCAUGAAUAAUGUAUUUGGUUGCCAUGCGACAGUCGUUUCUGGAACAUUCCACCAGCAAGAGUUUGAGCCAUUGCAGUGGAAGCAACUCGAGCCCAGUUCUGUCAAAAGACUAUGAAUGAGUGGAUUAAUUAACAGUAUUUGCUUUGUAGGUUUAAUGUAAUUGACUGCAAUACAAUUGCUAUAUUUGGAAAA